CAAAUUCGUGUAUUUCACGUGCUUUUCGGUAGUCGAACUCUUUUGUCAGGAGGUUCGUUCGUACCAACUUCCGGUUUAGCGGCUGCCUGCGGAGAAAAACAAGGAAAAGAUGUCAGACCCACUUGUUUUGAAGGAGGAAGGAAAUAAGUUCUUUAAGGAUGGAGACCUUGUUGCUGCUCUCUCAUGCUAUAUGAAUGCUUUGGAUAUCUCAGACCUGAAAGAUGCGGAUAAAGCAGCUAUUUACAAGAACAUGGCUGCUUGUCAUUUAAAACAGGAGAAAUAUACCGAAGCAAUAGAGGAUGCUACUGCAGCCCUUAAUGUCCAUGAAAAUGACCCUAAAGCUCUCUAUCGAAGAUGCAUGGCAUAUGAAAAACUGGGCAAAGUUGAGGAAGCAUACAAGGAUGCUGGAGCACUGAUCAAGGUAGAUCCCAAGAAUACGGCCAUCCAACCGAUUAUACGUCGACUAACACCGUUAAUUCAGGAAAAGAUAAAACAGCAGAACAGUACCUCCGCUAAAGUUUCACAGAUGUUCAACCUAGCUUUUGACUCUGGCAGUGACGAUGAGAAGAAGCUUCAGGCUCUGAACAACCUUGUUGUGUUAGCACGGGAAGAUGCUGGUGCUAACUAUAUCUGUGAGCAGUCUGGCGUACAGAGACUGAAAGCUUUGUUAGAGGGACGAAAUCUGACGCUGAUUCAGGCAGCUAUUCGUGUUCUUUCCUGCGUGUGCAGUAAUUCAGUACCUAGGUCAUGGUUAGUAUCAAAAGAAAUUGGUGUGAAGAGGCUGGGAUUGUUGAUGUGGGAGUCUAAUGAAGCAUUAGUGACAUCAACAGGAAAGCUGAUAGAGACCAUGUUAGUUAAAAUCACAGGCCUGGAUAUUCAUCGUAAAGCAGAGGAGGAUUAUCAAGCUACAAGGAAGCGUGGUGAACCUUGUCGCCGACCCAGGCUGGAGUUAGAUGACGACCAGCGUGAAUAUUUGAAGGAGACGUUCCACAUGCUGAUAAAAAUGCUUCAAAACUACAAGGUCUCGGGGGAAGGAAGAGAUGCUGCCAUGGAACUCCUCAUCAAAAACAUGCUCCGUAAAAAUGGGCUCCAGUGGACGAGGGAUUUUUUGGAGACUGACGGUGUUGAGGGAUUACUGGCAGUUGCUGGGGCAAUCAAACAGCACGAGACACUGCCUGUGACUGAGAACUCAAAGAUGCAUGCAGCAGUGGCUCUGUCCAACAUAUAUGAUGACCUGUACAGUGAUAAGGAGGCGGACAAGUUUAAAGCAAAAUGCAGUGAAUAUUUCAAAGAUUUAUUUGGUGACGAAAUAUUUGAAUCCAAAAUUGAAGCCCUAAAAGCCAUUUCCACCUUACUGCAGGGUCCUUACGAGGUUGGCAGUAUGAUCCUUGGGUUUGAAGGAGUCACUAAAAUCAUGUUUGCCAUGGCUGACAGCGAAAAUGUUCUCCACCAGCAAAUUGCUGUGGAGGCCAUUGUACACUCGGCACAGAAACAGAAGCGUUGUAAUAGUCUUCUGGCUGGUGCUGUUCCAAUUUUGAAGAAAUUAUACCAGACUGCAGAAGACUCCAUCAAAGUUCGAGCUCUUGUGGGUCUGUGUAAGCUGGGGACAUCCGGAGGCUCAGAUGCCAGUAAUAAGCCCAUGGCUGAAGGGUCGACUCUGGCCAUGGCAAAGUCAUGCCGUCGGUUUCUUAAUAACCCCAGUAAGGACGUCGAUUUGCGACGAUGGGCGACAGAAGGUCUUGCCUUUCUCACUCUGGAUGCUGAUGUUAAGGAAGAUCUUGUCAACGACAUCAGCGCCUUAAAGUCUCUAAUAGAUGUCACAGCUAAAGCAGAGAAGAAUAUUCUAUACCCAGCUUCAACGGUUUUCGUGAAUAUCACAAACAGCUACGAUCAGAAGGAGAUGGUGCCUGAAAUGAUUGAGCUUGCAAAAUAUGCAAAACAGCAUGUACCUGAGGAGCAUGAAAAGGACAAACCAGACUUUGUAAAGAAGCGUGUGAUGGCUUUGGCAAAUUAUGGUGUAGUGACAGCUCUGGUAGCCCUUAGUAAUGCAGAUAGUAAAAAUACGAGAGAACAACUUUCCAGGGUGUUCUUGGCACUGACAACUGAGGAAGAACUGAGGGGAUUAGUUGUUGCACAGGGUGGAGCCAAGGCUUUGUUAGGUCUGGCCAUGGAGAACAAUACUGACAAGGGCCAGCCCCUGGCAGCUCAAGCUCUCGCCAAAAUCACCAUAACAAUGAAUCCAGAAACUACCUUCCCUGGCCAAAGGAUGUAUGAAGUUGUAAGGCCCAUGUUGAACCUCCUUCACAUUGACAACACGGCUUUACAGAACUUUGAGGGUCUGAUGGCUCUCACUAACUUAUCCUCAAUCAGUGACUCCCUAAGAAAGCGUAUAGUUGCAGAGAAAGGUGUUUCUACAAUUGAAAACUACAUGACAGAUGAUCAUGAAAUGUUGUCACGAGCAGCAACUGAAUGCAUGUGUAACAUGGUCAUGAAUGAAGAUGUAGUGAAGUUGUACGAGAUGGAGAAUGAUAGAACAAAACUUAUGACAUUGUUUUGUGCUGAGGAAGACCCACAUGUAGUGAAGGCUGCAGCAGGAGCGUUGGCCAUACUCACACACAGUCCUGUUGUCUGUAACAAGGUGUUACAGGUCAACUCCUGGUACGAAAUCCUCCAGGGUCUGGUGGUUGAAGAAUCUCCAGAGGUCCAGCAUCGAGGUUGUUACAUUGUUAUGAACCUGAUGUGUGCUGAUAAGGAUAUAGCUGCAAAACUUGUUGAAGGACAAAUGUUGGAAAUAUUAAUGGCUCUGAGUAUUUUAGAUGACCCAUCACGUGUCCAGGCAUGUAAAUGUGUGACUACUGCUCUCGAAAAAGCUGUUGAAUUUGAACUUAUCAAAGCCUUACCUAAGAAGUCAUGAAAACCCAUAAGAUGAAAUUAUGACUGAAUGUGGAAGAUGUCAUUGCUAAUUUCCCUUUAAAAAGGAACAAAGGUCUUUGAAGAGACUAUUUUUCACAUGAUUGAUAGGGCAUGAAGAUGACGGGCAGAUUUUUUUCACUUCUGUCUAAUCACACUCAAUAAUUUUUAAAAUAACCAAAGCUGUAUCCUUUGAAUUAGAAUAAUGAUAAUAACAACAGUAAUAUUUUGGAAUAUUUUCUUCAGGUGAGCAAUAGAAUAGAAGUCCUUAUAACACAACUAGUAGAAUAUUAGAGUGUGAUGUUUCUAUGACUACACGGCAACCUUCAUCUUAUAACACAACCAGAAGAUUAGAGUGUGACGUUUUGAUGUCUACAUGGUCACCUUCAUCUUAUAACAUAACCAGUGGAAGAUUAGAGGUUAACUUCACAAUCACCUUUAUCAUUUUGUCUGAUGAAGAUGAUCUUGUAGUCAUCAAAAUGUCCACUGGUUGUUAUAAGAACUCAUAUUUUAAUUACAAAAAAGAAACAAAUUAACAAAUCUUAAAGACAAAAUUCCAGAGGAUUACUCGGCUGCAGCCAAUUAUUAGACCCUUUCUGUUUUAGGUCAGUUGAGACAAAGUCUCAUGGUGACCUAUUGUAAUCAUCUUUGUCCAGUGCCAUGUGUUGUAAAACAUGCAUCUGUCAACAACUUAACAGUUUUGACCUUUUCUCAGAAACACCCUGAACUGAUUUCAAUGAACUUUUGCAGAAACUUUCCCUGGCCUACAAUGAUUCAAAAUAGUGAAUUAUACAGUCCCCAUGCCACAGGGGCCAUAAGUGUCAAAUUGACUCGGAUUUCAAAUAUCUUCUUUACAACAUCAACAUAUGAUAGAAACAAAUGUUCUUCAUAGAUGAAAGUGUCUUAAGGUGCUUUACUGCUUUACCAACAACAUGAAUUUCAUGGCCCCAGGGUCUCACAAUCCCCAUGGGGAAGGGGGAAAAUUCACUAUAGUUUAUAUUGGAAAAAUAGGUUUUUGAGCAUAACUUCUUUCAUUUCCAUUGAAAUGUUUCAAACUUGGUUUGAAUUACGAGUGAAGGAUGACGUCUAGACGGAAUGCUUAUAUUGAUCCUAACUGACCCCCAGGGACUGAUGGGCAGGGCCAAAAUGUCAAAAAUCUUCUCAAGACCGAGAUAUGGUAGAAUCAAAUGCUCUUCAUGAAUGGAAGCUUCCUAAGGUGCUUUUAUUACCGAAAUAAGUCUCUCAUUUCUUCCUGGGGAGGAAAUGUUAGAAACUGUACUGUAAUUUUCAUAGAAAAAUUGCAUUUUUGAGAGCAUAAUGUUUAUUUCCCGCUGGAAAUAACUUCGUAAGAAUCAUUAGUAUAGGAUGACAGUUUUGAUAGAAUGCGUGUAUUGACACUAGCCUAUCAUCAUCAAUGAUUGUCACAAUUUCUGUUCCUUGACACUUGAUAACUAUCAUUUAACCUUUAUAUUCAAUAUUGCUUACCUCAGGUGACCAUCACGGCUGCUAGGCCUCUUGUUUUAUCAGAUUCUAGUGUUAGAGCAGUACAGUACAUCUUGUAUUGGUAAUAAACUUAACAUGAAUACAGAGCUACCGAAUCUGACCAUCCGAUUCCUAGUUCAGGUGAACCUUCCUGUAGGCAGUUCUUGUUCAAAUUCUAUAUUUUCAUGACUCAAUUUUCGUGGUUUUUUUUUUUUAAUUUUCUGUCUAAAAUGUUUAAUUACUGUAUUGUGGAUAAUUACUGCUUGUUUAAACAGUUGGUAGGAUGUAGAAUUCAAUUCCCAAAUUUCGAGUUCGAAGGUCAUAAGCUGUAUUUUCUUUUAAGAGAUAUUGAUGCGAUUUUCACAUCACAGUUUCAUGAUACAACAGACCAUGAGAUACAAUUCUGUAUUCUUUGGGUUUGUCAUAUCUAUCUUAAUUGAUUAACUUCUACAUAUUUGUCUUAAUUUUUGAAGUUAAUAUCACAUGAAUGAAAGUUGGUGUACAGUAAUAGUGUAAUACAUCUUUGUGUGGCUAUUUAAAGAAUUUCAUUGUCAAAUAUAGUGUUACAUAUUCUGUGAAAGGAUAAAAUGUUUGUCUGUGGUAUUUUUGAUAUUGUGUGGCUGAAUUUCUCAAACUUGUCAAAGAUUUUAGAUAUUUUUAUAACAUGUAAAUAUGUACACCCUGAAGUCUUCCAUAAUAUCUGUAUCACCAUGUAAAUCACUCUUUACUAAUGUUGAAAUUUUGAGAUGUUUUGUUAAGAAAAGAAAUAAUAUUGGUGAGUUAAUUAUCUUGUAGGACUAACAUUUUGUGUUGGUCUUUAUUGUGGCCAUUUGAUUGGCUGUGAAAUGUUUGGUAUUGAACUUCUCCCUCACCCCUCUAAGUAAUGAGGGUAUAUAGCAUUCACCGAGUCCAUGAUAACCUUGUGUACAAAAUGUCUCACGAAUCCAGGAUUUAGUUCCUGUUUACAUCAUAGUAUCAACUCACCAAAGUCUUUACCAAUUUAGAUUUUGGCAGUCAUGGGUCAAGGGUAAAUGUCAAAGGUCAACCUUGACUAUAGAUUUAGAUGAGAAGAAAAUGCGAAUUCCUAUUAACUUCGUUUUUAUAUCAUCAUGUCCGUGAUAUAGCAAGUCAAACCUCAUUUGAAUAUCCAAGUUACUGUCAGAUUUACAUAGAUAUAGUCCAAACCUCAGUCCGGGAAAGAUUAUAGAGUAAACCUCAGCCUGGGAAAGAUUAUAGAGUAAACCUCAGCGAGGGAAAGGUAGACUGAACUCCUCGGCCUGGAAAGGCAGAAAAGACAAAACUGAGGAUCCCUGUCUAGACCAAUAAAAUGUGAGUUUAUUGCUAAAUGUGGUGUUUUCACCAACAUAAUAAUAUUACAUAGAUACAUGUUGUAUCAAAUGGUUAAUAGGUGAAAUCAUGUUUAUUGUAAAUAAUUUGUACAAAAUCACAAUUAUUUAUUGAAAAUAUUAAUUUAUAGUAACAUUGAUUUUAUUGAAGUAGAAUAAAUUAUUUCAUAAACAAUUUUGCAAAUGAAGACUUUGAGCAAUUAGGAAGAUUUAAACUAUUACCAGAAUUACUUUUUUUUUUUAAGUUUGAAAAGUUCCAAUGCCAUAUUGUUUUAGAAACUCAGAUUUUGUUUUUACAAUAUAUUUAUGUAUUAACUUAAUUCUGGAAAUUUAGUUUUCCUGUUCAAGUUGUGGAUGGUGUAUUAUAUAAAAUAAAUUCUUUUUUAACCAUGGUUCAGAUUAUUGCAGUAACCAAAAUAUUUUAGUUAAAACUAAUGUCUGUCAGUUUACAUGAUUAGAGUCACCUCCCCUUGAAGGUUACAGGAUUAGAGUCACCUCCCCUUGAUGUUUUUUUGUACCUGGAAUUGGUCUCGUAGAGGCAGUUGUGAAUGGUAACCAUGGUUACAUGAAUCAUACUACAAAUAAAUCAUAAAAAAAGA